CCUUCUGAGCUAUGAGAGGACAUUCUUCUAUAUAAUCUCUUGUUCCCUUUUAUAAAUGUAUUCGUCAUCUUUGGUGUUUAGGAUGGAGAAGUGAAAGACAUCAAAGUUGAGGAUAAAGAGGAAGAAGAAGAGACGUUGGUGAGAGGCGCUCGGCAGUCCAUGGAGGAAGAUGGACGCGAUGGUCGGAGUACCUCGGAGGGACAUCGGCUUCCAUCUCCAAAUAAUACAGAUGGACAUUGUGUUCAGAGGACCUCUUUUGAGGGACAUCGGCUUCUAUCUCCAGAUAAUACAAAUAGACACCAUGGUCAGAGAACCUCCUCUGAGGGACAUGGACUUUUGUCAACAAAUGGACAUCAUGGUCAGAGAAUCUUUGAAGGACAUUGGCUUCUAUCUCCACAUAAUACAGAUGGACACCAUGGUCAAAGGACCUCCUCUGAGGGACAUCGGCUUCUAUCUCCAGAUAAUACAGGUGGACACCAUGGUCAGAGGACCUCCUCUGAGGGACAUCGGCUUUUAUGUACAGAUAAUACAGAUGGACACCGUGGUCAGAGAACCUCCGCUGAGGGACAUGGACUUUUGUAUCCAGAUAAUACAGAUGGAUACCAUGGUCAGAGAACCUCCUCUGAGGGACAUCAGCUUCUAUCUCCAGAUAAUACAGAUGGACACCAUGGUCAGAGGACCUCCUCUGAGGGACAUCGGCUUCUAUCUACAGAUGGACGCCAUGGUCAGAGGAUCUCCUCUGAGGGACUUCGGCUUUUAUCUCCAGAUAAUACAAAUAGACACCAUGGUCAGAGGACCUCCUCUGAGGGACAUCGGCUUUUAUCUCCAGAUAAUACAGAUGGACACCAUGGUCAGAGGACCUCCACUGAGGGACAUCGGCUUUUAUCUCCAGAUAAUACAGAUGGACACCAUGGUCAGAGGACCUCCUCUGAGGGACUUUUAUCCCCGGAUAAUACAGAAGACAAUGGAAUCGCACAGAAGGUCCCUCACAUUAUACGUCGGACACCUCAGCACCCCCAACCAUCCAUGGAUCCUUCCAGUCCUGAGGAACCAUCCCACCAAUCGCAUACUAGGACUUCAGAUGUCCAUCUAAGUCCUCAGAGUGUAGACACAUCUACAGAUACUUCUAAUCCCGAAGAAUCUUCCAUAAACCAUGAAGGAGCUCAUACGGGAGAAAGUCCACUGUCCUGUUCAGUGUGCGGGAAAUCUUUCACUGAAAAGAGAAACCUUCUCACACACCAGAGAAUUCACACGGGUCAGCGUCUUUUCCAAUGCUCGGUGUGCGGGAAAAGUUACGUUCGGAAAGAAAAACUUGUUAUCCACCAAAGAAUUCACACUGGUGAGCGUCCGUAUUCGUGUUCAGAGUGCGGGAAGUGUUUCACUGAAAGAGGAACGCUUCGUAGACACCUGAAAUCUCACACGGGGGAGCGCCCCUAUUCAUGCUCUGAGUGUGGAAAAGGUUUCAUUAGCAAAGAAGACCUUCUAAAACACCAGAGAAUUCACACUGGUGAGCGCCCUUUUCCAUGCUCAGAGUGUGGGAAAUGUUUUAAAGAAAAAAGAACGCUUGUUAUACACCAGAGAAUUCACACAGGCGAGCGUCCUUUCUCAUGUUCAGUGUGCGGGAAGUGUUUCAGUCAUAAAGUAAGCCUUUUUAGACACCAGAAAAUCCACACAGGUGAGCGUCCACAUUCAUGUCCUAAGUGCGGAAAAUGUUUUGUUCGGAAAGAAGACCUUCUAAAACACCAGAGAGUUCACACUGGUGAGCGUCCUUAUUCCUGCUCAGAGUGCGGGAAAUCUUUUACUAAGAAAAGGACGCUUGUUAUACACCACAGAGUCCACACAGGGGAGCGCCCCUAUUCAUGCUCAGAGUGCGGGAAAUGUUUUGCUGAGAAAAGAAUACUUCUUAUACACCAGCGAAGCCACACGGGCGAACGUCCCUAUUCAUGCUCAGUGUGCGGGAAGUGUUUUAGGGAGAAAAGAAACCUUCUCACGCAUCAGAUCGUUCACACAUGCGAGCGUCCCUAUUCGUGCUCAGAGUGCGGGAAAAGUUUCAAUCAGAAACAAAGCCUCCUUGCGCAUCAGAAAAUUCACACGAGCGACCGCCCUUUCUCAUGCUCGGAGUGCGGGAAGUGUUUCAUUCAGAAAGGAAACCUUCUUUCACACCAGAGAAUUCACACGGGCGAGCGUCCUUUCUCAUGCUCAUCGUGCGGGAAAUGUUUUGGCCGUAAAGCAAGCCUCCUUAGACACGAGAGAGCUCACACAGGGGAGCGUCCAUUUUCAUGUUCAGAGUGCGGAAGAUUUUUCAGUGAUAAGGGAAGCCUUCUUGAGCACCAGAGGAUUCACACGGGGGAGCGUCCUUAUUCGUGUUCGGAGUGCGGGAAAGGUUUUAUUUACAGGAAAAAACUUUUAAGACACCAGAGAAUACACACGGGCGAUUAUAAAGUAGUGAAGAAAACAUCUGGAGAUCCUCCACCUCACUGCCUGACAACAGAGGUAACCAGAGCCAAGAAGAUCCUAGAAGUCACAAAGAAGAUCGUUGAUCUGCUGACAGGAGAGCAGGAAGAUCACACCAUCCCCCACCAUCAUCAGCAAUCCUAUCAUUUUGGGGUUCAGGAUGAAGAACUGAAAGACAUCAAAGUUGAGGUAAAAGAGGAAGAAGAAGAGACGAUGGUGAGUGGGGAUCAGCAGUCUAUGGACAAGCAGGAGAUGAUUAUGAAAAGUGAACAGGCGGAAUCUUCACUUUAUAUCGACACAUCACCGGAUGGAUCCAGUAAUGGGAACCCACCAGAGAGAUGUCCUCGUCCUCUGUAUUCCCGGGAUUCCACACAGGAAGAUCAUAACUAUGUACACCAUGAUCAGGGCGAAGAAGUGAAAGACAUCAAAGUUGAGGAUAAAGAGGAAGAAGAAGAGAGGUUGGUGAGAGGCGCUCAGCAGUCCAUGGAGGAAGAUGGACGCGAUGGUCGGAGUACCUCGGAGGGACAUCGGCUUCCAUCUCCAGAUAAUACAGAUGGACACCAUGGUCAGAGGACCUCCUCUGAGGGACAUCUGCUUUUAUGUACAGAUAAUACAGAUGGACACCGUGGUCAGAGAACCUCCUCUGAGGGACAUGGACUUUUAUCAACAAAUAGACACCAUGGUCCGAGAACCUCUGAGGGACAUCGGCUUUUAUCUCCAGAUAAUACAGAUGGACACCAUGGUCAGAGAACCUCCUCUGAGGGACAUCGGCUUCUAUCUCCAGAUAAUACAGAUGGACAUCGUGGUCAGAGGACCUCCUCUGAGGGACAUCUGCUUUUAUCUCCAGAUAAUACAGAUGGACACCGUCGUCAGAGAACCUCCUCUGAGGGACAUGGACUUUUAUCAACAAAUGGACACCAUGGUCCGAGAACCUCUGAGGGACAUCGGCUUUUAUCUCCAGAUAAUACAGAUGGACACCAUGGUCAGAGGAUCUCCUCUGAGGGACAUCGGCUUUUAUCUCCAGAUAAUACAGAUGGACACCAUGGUCAGAGGACCUCCUCUGAGGGACAUCGGCUUCUAUCUCCAGAUAAUACAAAUAGACACCAUGGUCAGAGGACCUCCUCUGAGGGACUCUUAUCUCCGGAUAAUACAGAAGAUAAUGGAAUCGCACAGAAGGUCCCUCACAUUAUACGUCGGACACCUCAGCACCCCCAACCAUCCAUGGAUCCUUCCAGUCCUGAGGAACCAUCCCACCAAUCACAUACUAGGACUUCAGAUGUCCAUCUAAGUCCUCACAGUGUAGACACAUCUACAGAUACUUCUAAUCCCCAAGAAUCUUCCAUAAACCAUGAAGGAGCUCAUACGGGACAAAGUCCACUGUCCUGUUCAGUGUGCGGGAAAUCUUUCACUGAAAAGAGAAACCUUCUCACACACCAGAGAAUUCACACGAGUCAGCGUGUUUUCCAAUGCUCGGUGUGCGGGAAAAGUUAUGUUCGGAAAGAAAAACUUGUUAUCCACCAAAGAAUUCACACUGGUGAGCGUCCUUAUUCGUGUUCAGAGUGCUGGAAGUGUUUCGCUGAAAGGGGAACGCUUCGUAGACACCUGAAAUCUCACACGGGGGAGCGCCCCUAUUCAUGCUCUGAGUGUGGGAAAGGUUUCAUUAGCAAAGAAGACCUUCUAAAACACCAGAGAAUUCACACUGGUGAGCGCCCUUUUCCAUGCUCAGAGUGCGGGAAAUGUUUUAAAGAAAAAAGAACGCUUGUUAUACACCAGAGAAUUCACACAGGCGAGCGUCCUUUCUCAUGUUCAGUGUGCGGGAAGUGUUUCAGUCAUAAAGUAAGCCUAUUUAGACACCAGAAAAUCCACACAGGUGAGCGACCACAUUCAUGUCCUAAGUGCGGAAAAUGUUUUGUUCGGAAAGAAGACCUUCUAAAACACCAGAGAGUUCACACUGGUGAGCGCCCUUAUUCCUGCUCAGAGUGCGGGAAAUCUUUUACUAAGAAAAGGAUGCUUGUUAUACACCACAGAGUCCACACAGGGGAGCGCCCCUAUUCAUGCUCAGAGUGCGGGAAAUGUUUUGCUGAGAAAAGAAUACUACUUAUACACCAGCGAAGCCACACGGGCGAACGUCCCUAUUCAUGCUCAGUGUGCGGGAAGUGUUUAAGGGAGAAAAGAAACCUUCUCACGCAUCAGAUCGUUCACACAUGCGAGCGUCCCUAUUCGUGCUCAGAGUGCGGGAAAAGUUUCAAUCAGAAACAAAGCCUCCUUACGCAUCAGAAAAUUCACACGAGCGACCGCCCUUUCUCAUGCUCGGAGUGCGGGAAGUGUUUCAUUCAGAAAGGAAACCUUCUUUCACACCAGAGAAUUCACACAGGUGAGCGUCCUUUUUCAUGCUCAGCGUGCGGGAAAUGUUUCGGCCGUAAAGCAAGCCUCCUUAGACACGAGAGAGUUCACACAGGGGAGCGUCCAUUUUCAUGUUCAGAGUGCGGAAGAUUUUUCAGUGAUAAGGGAAGCCUUUCCUUAGCACCAGAGGAUUCACACGGGGGAGCGUCCUUAUUCGUGUUCGGAGUGCGGGAAAGGUUUUAUUUACAGGAAAAAACUUUUAAGACACCAGAGAAUUCACACGGGCUGAUUGGUCUUUCUCGUGGAAACAUUUCGCAGAGAAAAAAGCAAAUCCAGAAAAGUCACCCGGGAGGAUCUAUUUCACGAAGAAAACAAUAUGGCGUCACUUUGGUUCUGUAGAGAUUGUGGUUGGAAGGUCUGGCGGCCCGUAAUAACGAAUCCAUAUCUAGAACUAGCCAAUGGCUGAGCUCCCUCAUCGUUUCUCUCCAUACAAUCGUUAUUACACACUAUAUUACCAAAAGUAUUGGGACGCCUGACUUUACACACACAUGAACUUUAAUGGCAUCCCUGUCUCUUUAGGUAACUCAUAGUACUCUGGGAAUCCUUUGUCAUAUAUUUAGGUUUAUUUAAAAACAAAGCUAUACACUAUAUAUUGUCUUCAGUAUUGGGACGCCUGCCUUUACACACACAUGAACUUUAAUGGCAUCCC